AAACAAAGAACUUUGAUAAACUUUUUUGUGAAUUCUCCGUAUGGAACAGUGUUCAUGGAGUCGAUAGAUGCUUCCUCAUUUGUUAAGACUGGAGAGAAGUUAUGUGAAUUGCUUGAUAGAUACGUGGAGCGCGUUGGAGAGCAGAAUGUGGUUCAGGUUAUAAGUGAUAAUGGCAGCAACUUUGUGUUGGCUGGUCAGCUCUUACAGAGAAAAAGAAGACACAUAUAUUGGACUCCGUGUGCAGCCCAUUGUAUAGAUCUUAUGUUAGAAGACAUCGGGAAGAUUCCAAACAUUAAGAAGACCCUUCAAAGAGCAAUCGCCCUUGUCGGUUUCAUUUAUGGGCACUCAGGAGUCUUAAAUAUGAUGAGAGAUUCCACAAAAAAUAAAGAGUUGGUGAAAUGUGGGAUUACUCGAUUUGCAACAAGUUUUCUGACUUUGCAACGGUCGCAUUGUCAAAAAACUAAUUUGCGAGCAAUGUUUACAUCUGACAAAUGGAUGAUUAGUAGAUGGUCUAAGUUACCAAAGGAAAAUCUGUAGCUCAUACCGUCUUGAUGACAACAUUCUGGAACCAGGUUGUGUAUAUUUUGAAAAUCAUUGGGCCUCCUGUUAAAGUGUUGCGAUUAGCUGAUAAUGAGAAAAAACCCGCAAUGGGGUACAUUUAUGAAGCCAUGGAUAGAGCUAAGGAGGCUAUUGCAAAGGCAUUUGAAGGGAAUAUUGCAAAGUACAAAGAUAUCUUUAAGAUUAUUGAUGAAAGAUGGCAAUGCCAAUUGCAUCAUCCAUUACAUGCAGCUGGACAUUAUCUAAAUCCAGAGUUCUUCUAUCAAAAUCCAGCUAUUGAAAAUUGUACAGAAGUAACAGAUGGGUUGUAUGCUUGUAUUGAAAAAUUGGUUCCAAGCACUGAAGUUCAAGACAAGAUUAUGACGGAGAUACCACUGUACACUAAAGCUGAACAACAAUUUGGCCUUCUGAUUGCAAAAAGAUCUAGAACAACAAGAUCUCCUGUUGAAUGGUGGAAUUUAUAUGGUAAUUCGGCUCCUCAUCUCCAAAAAUUAGCUAUUAGAAUUUUGGGUUUAACGGCUAGUGCUGCUGGAUGCGAGCGUAAUUGGAGCGUAUUUGAGCAUAUCCAUACCAAAAAAAGGAACAGACUGGAGCACCAAAGAUUGAAUGAUCUAGUGUAUGUGAAGUACAAUCGAGCUUCAAAAGCCCGUUAUGACUUGCGGAGUGUUAUUGAUCCAAUCUCUUUGGAUAACAUUGACCAUAGUAAUGAGUGGUUGGUUGGGAGGAUGGGCGUUAAUGUGGAAGCAGAAGAUGAGUUGGUAUUUGGUGAUGAUAGCUUGACUUGGGGUGAUGUUGCAAGAGCGUCGGGAAGUGCAGACGUCUUGACAUACACAAGGCGACAAAAGAGACAGGAGUUACGACAGCUAAUGCCUCAAGCUCCCGAGCUCCACAUGUUGAGUCUCUUGACAUAG